AUGGAUGGGACAGGUGUGGGGCAGGAUGCCAUGAAGAACUGCACUGACCAGGAGUACUGGGACACCCUCGUUUUCCAGUGCAUCCCCUGUAGCCUCACGUGCAGCCAGCCCCAGAGCAGGAGGUGUGAUGCUGUGUGUGAGUCCAUGGACUGCAACAAGAGACCUGGAUUUUACUACGAUGAGCUUGUGAAGAUCUGCAUCAAGUGCAGCUUGGUGUGUGGGCAGCACCCCAAGGAAUGUGCCCUGUCCUGCGAGCGUGAGGGUGUCUCAGCUCGUCCAUCUCUCCGUCCCACAGCCACGCCCGCGGGGCCGGCGGCGCUGGAGCAGAGGGCGUGUGCGGAGCAGGAGCCGUGGCUGGUGCUGUACCUGCUGCUGGGGCUCUGCCUCUGCAGCCUCGCCUGCUCCCUGCUGCUGGGCUGGACUCACCUGCGCAGGAGGGGACAGGGCGUGUCCUGCCAGGCCGGCGCCGGGACCUGCCACCGCGCGGGGGACCCUGCCAAAGAUCGGCUGGUGGAGGCUGGCAGUGUUGGUGAUGGAUUCACCAGCAUCAGAAUCCCAGAGCCAGUGGAAACCUGUGGCUUCUGCUUCCCUGGACAUGGCUCUGCUGUACAAGAGACCAAAUCCUGCCCCAGCAGCUCCUGUCACCCUGGGGAAAGGGCUGCUCCCUCCUUCUCUGGGAUCUGCAGCACGGGAAGCGCUGGGGCCGUUCCCAGCCCUGACGACGGCCACUUCAAAAUCAUCUGCUCUCCUUCCCAAGAGAAGACACCCAUGGUGUGACCACAGUGGAUGUCCCAGCACGGGGUCAGAGUGGAGGGAUGCUCCCUCUGCCCCAAGUCAAAGCUGCUUCACCCUCUUGCCAAUGACUGGAACAGCCUCUACCCAGCCCAGGCUGUGCCAAGGGCUGUGGGGUACAGACAGGGCUGGAGGUUGCACAGAGCUGUUUGCUUCCACUCAGGAAACUAAAUCCCCAUUACUCUUGUGCAUUCCCAGUGAAAGAAAUCGCUUCCCAUGUAGCAGCAUCUGACUUCAUCCUCCACCUUGACCUCGGUGCCAUUGGGGAGGUCUCAUGGGGGCCUUUCCAUCCUGGUUCCAGCACCAGCAUCCCUGCAAAGGAUCCAGUGAUCCCAUGGAGAGCUCACCUCUCCCUGCUUGGAGACUCCUUCAUUAUCAGAACAAUUUCCAGCACAGCUGUAAACGUCUCAAACAUGGAAUUGGAUCCAAGGAUUUACUGGUGACAUUUAUAAGGAGGCAGUGUGGGAAGCUCCAGUGUCAGAUUCCAGCACUGCCAUGGGUGAUGGUGAGGCUUUGCCUCAUGAAUGGGACACGAUGCUGCACAUGAGGAGCUGGGACAGGCACCAAAAUCCUCAGUGGAAUUGGGUUUCAAUAUGAAAAUUCAGCCAAGGCUCAGAUCUUUCUACAAAACUGGAUUUAUGUAUAUCUGACCUGGGUUAUUCUGAAGAGCUGGUAAAAGUGAGGAGUCCGCUGGAGUUAA